GGUAGAGCCAGCUGGCAGUAGGGUGCGACACCGUGGAUGAAGGGGGAAAGUUAAGCCAUUGAUUUAAUAAAAUAAAAUAAAAAAACAUUCCUUUAAAAGAAUAAGAGGAAAAUCCGCGGGUAUACAUAUAAAAAAAGGAUAACUAGAUACAUUUAUAUUCUUAGGUAUCUAACUUUACGAGAAGCAAAUUGUCGCUAGCGUGUUGCUAGCUAGUGGUGGGUGGGACGUUCGGAACCUUUAAGCUAAGUUACUAGGCUAGCUCAAACUUCAUCCAUUCUGCUGUUCGGGACGGACGGCAAUUUACAUCCUUCUAGCUAACGAUACAACAUUAUUUUGAUAACAACCAUAUUUUCUUCAAGAUACGCGACUUGCUGGGUAGAUCAGGCACAAUGUUCAGUUGGAGCAACAAGAAUGGGAAGAAAAAAGACCCUGAAUUAUUUCAAACCGUUUCGGACGGGUUGCGGCGACUCUACCAGACCAAACUGUUUCCCCUGGAAGACACUUAUCGCUUCCACGAGUUUCACUCGCCUGCUUUAGAAGAUGCCGACUUCGACAACAAGCCCAUGGUACUCUUAGUUGGGCAGUACUCGACUGGGAAGACUACUUUUAUCCGACACCUAAUGGAACAAGACUUUCCUGGCAUGCGAAUAGGCCCAGAACCGACCACAGACUCUUUCAUAGCAGUAAUGCACGGCGACCAAGAAGGGGUGAUACCAGGCAAUGCACUGGUAGUUGACCCCAAGAAACCUUUCCGCAAACUCAACGCUUUUGGAAACGCAUUCCUUAACAGGUUCAUGUGCGCUCAGAUGUCCAACCCCGUGCUGGAGAGCAUCAGCAUCAUCGACACCCCAGGAAUCCUGUCUGGAGAGAAGCAGCGCAUCAGCAGAGGCUAUGAUUUUGCUGCUGUGCUGGAGUGGUUCGCCGAGAGAGUGGACCGCAUCAUCCUGCUCUUCGACGCCCACAAGCUGGACAUCUCGGACGAGUUCUCCGAGGUCAUCAAGGCCCUGAAGAAUCACGAGGACAAGAUGCGCGUGGUGCUGAACAAGGCCGACCAGAUCGGCACCCAGCAGCUGAUGAGGGUGUACGGCGCCCUCAUGUGGUCGCUGGGGAAGAUCAUCAACACGCCCGAGGUAGUGCGGGUCUACAUCGGCUCCUUCUGGGCCCAGCCGCUCCUGAUGCCCGACAACCGCAAGCUUUUCGAGGCGGAGGAGCAGGACCUGUUCCGGGACAUCCAGGGCCUGCCCCGCAACGCCGCCCUCCGCAAGCUCAACGACCUCAUCAAGCGCGCUCGACUGUCCAAGGUACAUGCCUACAUCAUCAGCUCUCUGAAGAAGGAAAUGCCCAGCGUGUUUGGGAAGGAGAACAAGAAGAAGGAGCUGAUUGCGAACUUGAAAGACAUCUACCUGAAGAUUGAGAAAGAGCACCAGAUUUCCCCUGGGGAUUUCCCUGAUCUGAAGAGGAUGCAGGAGGCCUUGGCGGAGCAGGACUUCACCAAAUUCCAGUCGAUGAAGCCGAAGCUGCUGGAGGCGGUGGAGGACAUGUUGGCCAACGACAUCGCCAAGCUGAUGGUCAUGGUCCGCCAGGAGGAGGCUGCCAUGCCCAGCCAGUCGGUCCACGGCGGAGCCUUCGAGGGCACCAUGAACGGCCCCUUCGGCCACGGCUACGGGGAGGGCGCGGGCGAGGGCAUCGACGAGCUGGAGUGGGUGGUGGGCCGCGACAAGCCCUCCUACGAUGAGAUCUUCUACACCCUCUCGCCCGUCAACGGCAAGGUGUCCGGCGCCAUGGCCAAGAAGGAGAUGGUGAAGUCCAAGCUCCCCAACACGGUGCUGGGAAAGAUCUGGAAGCUGGCCGACGUGGACAAGGACGGUUUCCUGGACGAUGACGAGUUCGCCCUGGCCAACCACUUGAUCAAGGUCAAGCUGGAAGGUCACGAGCUGCCCGGCGAGCUGCCUGGCCACUUGGUGCCCCCCUCCAAGCGGGGCCUGGAGUGAAGGCCGAGGCCUGAGAGGGGAGCGGAGGUGUCCGUGGCGGCUAGAGUAGUGGGGCGCUGGGAGAGUGGGGCUGGGGUUCUUAAUGGGGUGAAGAUUUCUGUAUUUGUGGGGAUGGGAGGUGGGGGGGGGUGCGGGAUGUUGCUGUGUAAGUGGGCUCGGAAAGAGUAUUUCAGGUCGAGCAGGGUAGGUAUGUGUCAACCAGGAUAAUAAAUUUGGAUGGAAAUAGACUUGCUUUGUGGGCAAAUGGAGCUUCUUGGUUCUGCUUUGGCACCGAUGCUUAGGAAUAUCAGUCUUACCCCUGUUUUCUUAACCCUGGUGUCAGUUGGCCCUGUGAUUUGGAUUGUUACAAGAUAGAAGGCCUUUGUAAGGGGGAAAACAUUUGGGGAGGGGG